AUGCCAGGCGUCACAACUACCACUUUGGACAGCGUGAUCUCGCCUAUCACCGGCAAGCCCAUAGCACGACACGAAGCCGCUGGCUUAAAAGGUCUGACUAGAGAGCAACACCCCAAGUUCUGGGAAGAAGUCAGGAACUGGACAACCGACCACUUCUCCUCAGCCAAAUGGCAUCAAGUUGUGAAAUGCAUAUGGCGUAGGAACCAAGAGGACUACAUGAAGGUCAUAGGUUGGCGUCCGCCACCUAGACCUAUUCACUCCAUCGCCGCUCCCCGAGGACGCCAUGUACUACUUUACAGCUCAUCAUCCUUCACUGCACCGACGGGCGCACAUCCGCUCCGCCCAGCAAAUCUGCCACGCAUCGAGACUGGGUCCCCAAAUACACCGCGACCACGCUGGGAUGUCGUAUCUGCAGGCCCCGCAACACCUCUUUCUGCGACAGCCGGCCCCAUCAAGAAUGCCUUCGCUGAAGGUGGGCACUGGGCUUCGCUCACGCCCAAGACGUCAGCGACUGGGACGCCGACUGCAACGACACCUGUCACGGCUGUACCGGUCGAGAUGUGGGAACCAGGCACACCGACUGAUCCCGCUACUAAAGCCGUAUACGAAAACGCCAAGAGCGAUGUGAAUAAGAUGGCUCUUCAGUUGUGUGCAAGCAGACAUGCACUACGUCGCUCUUUCAGCGCUGAAAACGACGUCAUCUACCCGUCCAUGGUGAGGCCGAGGGAUACGUUGCUAGCUGCUGAACUCACGUUGGAGAGUUACCAGGUGCCUGGUUCGUUGGCGGAGUACAUCGAUGCACUAUUGCCGAGUAAGCUUGAGGCGUAUGCGGAUGACGAGGCGGCGGGUGCGCGACAGUACAAUAUCACGAGUGGGGAGAUGCUGGGAGAUAAAGAUGCUUGGUUGGGGUAUGAUGAGCAGACUGGACAGUUCACCACUAUCCUGGAAGCGAGACGCGAUUUGCUCAGGAUGAAUCGGGAGAGGAGGAAGGGGAGGGACGUUGCAGUCGGAGAGGGAGGUGUCAGACUGGCGUGGGCGACAAAGGUUGUCUGCGAUAUUGAGGGAGAGAUGGAGAGACGCAGGGAGCUGGAUGGUGAAGAUAGCGACGACGAAGGCUAUGAUUAUAGCAACUUUGUUAGGAGUCUGAGUGCUAGGGAUAGCGCGGAGACUGUCGAAGAACGAUGGAGUGGGUCGACGUUGGAUUUGACACUGACAAACAGCUCGACGGCGUACAGCAGUAGCAGGGAAUCGCAACUGAAUAUUCCGCUCGCUCAGCGGUCAUCUAGCAGCCCCAUUAAGCCCACAUACGGCCACAAUACGCUACCGCUUCGCAACAGGACUUUUACGCUUUCCAACCUCCUCACCGGCGCAGCUUCUUCUGAUCCGCAAACCCAUAGCCAUGCCGACUCGUAUCCCGCGAAGACUUGCAAAUCCAGAUUCUCGCCCAACUAUGCACACAGUGUUCACAGCCUCCGUCGCAGCAACACGACGAAUAGGUCGCGCCAUAGCCUCAGGAUCGACACUUUUGACUAUACUCCCUCUUCUAACAACAGGCAAAGUCCCUUGAUCAGCCCGCAGGAACGUGGCUCCCGUCGCCGAGGCCCCAGUAUGCAGGCUCUGAGUAGUUGGGCCGAUGAACUGAAGAAGAUGGAGAGGAAGAGGGCGGAGAUGCGACUUGGUGUUGGUGAGAGUAACGCGGCAUUGACGAAUUGUAGGGAGAUUUCUGAACAAGAAACUGUACGCGAAGAAGAAGACGUUGGUCUGGCGGUUGAUGUCAAGGAUGAUGUAUCGGCGGUCGAUGCAAAAGAUAACGGAUACGUGAUUAAUGGAUGUAUGCAUCCUGCUUUACGGGGAGGCGGAGAGUGCGAAGCAGAGCAAGAGGGAGGGGAGCAGGGGAGAAGGAGCAGAGGGGCUACGGGGAGUAGUACAAAGAGUUGGCGUUGUAAUACUGCCGUGGAGAUCGAACGGGAUAGCCACGAGGAGCACGACAACCCCAUCUACAACUCCAAUUCCAACGACCGAGAAAACCUGGUUCACGACGUCCAGUACGAAGACCACAUGUACGACGAUGACUACCACGGAGAAGAGUAUAAUGAUGACGACGAUGAACAAACAACAACACCAACACCCGAGCAUGCAGACCGGUCAUCCCACCCCCUCCGCUCCUCAUCUUCACCCACCCACGCACCCAUCAAACGAUCCUCUCUCCAAAGCGCUUUGGCCAAACAACAUCUCUCGCCGCCCCGUCGCCCGCCUCGACCCUCUCCUCUACUCAUUCUACCACCCAAGCCAAUCCCACACCCACCGGUGAGAUACAACAGACACGCCGCAACAUCGUACGAACGACAGGCUUCAAAACUGCGUCGGGAUGGCGAGGUGGAAGAGGAGAGCGAGAUGGGCGGUGGUGGUGGUCAUUCACAGGUGGUAGUCAGGAAAGCGAAGUUGUUGGAGGAGAGUGCUAUGCGGGCUAGGGGAAAUCAACAGAUAUGUACGCAACGAUCGUUGAGUAGAGUGGGUGAGAGGAAUAGGAAAGAGGAAGAGGAAAAUGAGUGGGAUGCGGAACUCAGGGCUAUGGAGGGUAGGGAGAAGAAGAGGCAGUUGGAAUUACUGCGUACGCAUAGGGGAGCAGGAGGCUGA